CCAAAAUCGCAACGGGCGCAGCUGCUCUCUCUUGCCAUAACCUUAUCUCUCCCUCCCUGCUCUCUUUGCCCAGAAAAUGCCUGAGGAGAAGGUCUCAGACGACCCAAAUGCUCAAAACCAAGAAUCGGAAUCUUCAAAAGAAUCCAAACAAGACCUUCCAUUGUUAUCUUCUUUAUCAGAAGAAGAAGAAGAAGAAGAAGAAGAAGAAGAAGACGACGACAACGGCUCGGAUGACUCCGACAACGACGACUUGGCCUACGUCGACGAGUCCGAUGGCGAGUCAGCGAACGAUGACUCGGCCGAGACGACUGUCCGCAUGUUCAACGAAGUCCUCGACAGCAAGCAGAUGCGGAAGCGCGAGGAGGAGGAUGACCGGAGUUACGUCUACUACGAGGACCUAUUCGACUUCCCCAAGGACCCUGAGAAAUGGCGGGAAGAGGAUCUCAAGGAGCUCUGGGCUGACGGCCCCAUUGAGAUGACCAAACCCGGGUGGGACCCUGUGUGGGCUGACGAGGAGGACUGGGAGAUUGUCAGGGAGGAGGUCAAGGCCGGGCGCGACCCGCCCAUCGCACCCUUUUACCUUCCAUUCCGGAGGUACUACCCAGCGAUUCCAGAUAAUCAUUUCGACAUCUCGAGCCCCAAGUCAGUGAUUGAAGAAUUGGAUAGGAUCGAGGAGUUUAUGAAGUGGGUCAGCUAUAUUUUCCCUGAUGGGAGCUCGUAUGAAGGGACUGUGUGGGAUGACUUGGCCCAUGGGAAGGGUGUAUAUGUUGCUGAACAAGGGCUAGUAAGAUAUGAAGGGGAGUGGCUUCAAAACAAUAUGGAAGGUCAUGGAGUUGUAGAAGUUGAGAUUCCUGAUAUAGAACCUGUACCGGGUUCCAAGUUGGAAGCUAAAAUGCGUGCGGAAGGCAAAAUCAUAUCCAGGGAUUUCAUGUCCCCAGAGGAUAAACGUUGGCUAGAAAUGGACAUAGAAGAUAGCAUCCGCUUAGCUGGUACGAAGUAUGAGAUCCCAUUCUAUGAAAAUGAGGAAUGGGUCAGGCAGUUUGGGAAGAAACCGGAAAAAGGUCGAUACAGGUAUGCUGGGCAGUGGAAGCAUGGUCGCAUGCAUGGGUGUGGUGUAUACGAAGUGAAUGAACGCAUUAUAUAUGGUAGAUUCUACUUUGGAGAGCACUUGGAGGAUUCUACCGGCUGUGAUGCUGAUGUUUCAGGGCUGCAUGCAGGAAUAGCCGAAGUUGCUGCUGCAAAGGCUCGGAUGUUUGUUAACAAACCUGAUGGAAUGGUAAGGGAAGAGAGAGGUCCAUAUGGUGACCCUCAGCAUCCCUAUUUGUAUGAGGAAGAUGAUGUAUGGAUGGCACCGGGAUUCAUUAACCAAUUUUAUGAGGUUCCUGAUUACUGGAAAACAUACGUGCGUGAAGUGGAUCAAGAAAGAGAGAUGUGGUUGAAUUCCUUCUACAAAGCACCAUUAAGGAUUCCUAUGCCUGCUGAGCUUGAAUAUUGGUGGGCAACAGAUAAGAGUCCAGAAUUUGUUCUUGUAAACAAGGAACCAGAGCCAGAUCCUGAAGACCCAUCCAAGCUCAUAUAUACCGAAGACCCACUCAUUCUACACACACCCACUGGACGGUUCAUAAACUUCGUAGAAGACGAGGAACAUGGUGUCCGCUUAUUUUGGCAGCCAAAUCUUAAAGACGGGGAGGAUGUGGACCCAGCGAAGGUUGAAUUCCUACCACUUGGCUAUGAUGAGUUCUUUGGGCGAUCUGUGAAAGGCAUCAAGAAGGAAAGCAAAUUGGCGAGCUUCAUAGCAGCUGUGGAAAGUGCAUGCCGGCCUUUCUUCGAAAGACUUGAGAAAUGGACUGAAGAAAAGAAGAAAGAGAGCGAAAUGAAACUCAAGUUGAUAGAGCAGGAGCUAGAGUUCAUUGAGGCUGAAUUAUGUUUGGAAGAGGCAAUGGAAGACAUGGAGAUGGAGCUAAAGAUGAAGCAGAAAGAGGAGGAGAAAAAAGCCGUGAUGGAUGAAAAGGCUGAGGAUGCUUUGGCUUCUCUCCAUGAAGACAACAUGGAUUCGGAUCAAGAAGAGGAAGAAGAUGAGGAUGAAGAGUCACCAACAAGCUUUGGCUCAGUCCUUGAAGAGGGUCGAGUAAUGGGGCCGGACUCGACGAAGGAUGAUAAGAAGGGAAGCAAAAAUGGGAAGUCUACUUUUGCUGCAACUUCAAUGUCCUUUGCUUCUUGCAGCCUCGCAUCGGUGGUCCCGUCCAUUCUGCAGGAAUCCUUUGUAUCAUGGAAAAAAGGAAGAAGAUCGCCUGCAGCUACCAAGCUUUCUGAUUCUUGUCUUGAGAUCCCUGUGGGUCCUUUGCAAACAGUGCAGUCGGUGCAUUUUCCAUGUCUGUUCAGGCCACAUGCAACAAUGAGGGCGGCACAAGAACACCGGAGCUUUCAGAAGAAAAACGGCAGGUUUUCUCAGCUGCAUUCACUAGCUCAGAUUUUGUCGGGUCCUGGAACUUCUGCACAAUUAAAAGCUACCUCGAGUGUGGGAAAACUGGCUCACCAUCACAAGCUGCAUACAAAUCCCGAAAAGAAUCAGCAUAACAUACUGUCCAUGCACGUACCCUUAAACCCUUCAAGAUUAUUGUACUGCUAAUUUUACUUGAUGCAUGGCAUACUCUCUAAAUUUGAUUUGAACUUCAAGAAUUGUAGUCUGUCCAAAUCAUGUUUUGCUGUGACUGAUGUAUUCCGUAAAAUAGAAGGGUAUUUUGCGGGCUUU